GGAAGUGCCUAACGCAAAAAGCCACACCGAUGUGCUGAAGCGCGGAUAUUUACAGAAGUUAUCCUCGCGAUCGUUUCCUUACAUUCCACAUCCGUGGAAAAGAAAAUAUUGCGUGCUAGUCAAGGGCCAACUCUUCUAUUACGAACGCGACGACUCUAGAGGUGCUGAUAAAGGCAGUGGAGUGAUCAACCUCGAAUAUUACGACCAGGUGGUCGAGGCUGGGGCCAAAGAGGCCAAAAAGGCCAGCCACGCGUUCGUGAUAACAUCGCAAGAUAAAACCUUUUUUGAUCCUGUAAGUAAUAAAUCAUUUAGAAUAUUUAAGGAACGGGUUGAAAUGCUAAUAUGGAUUAAAAUCCUAAAGAAAUCCAUUGAUCAAAUAAGAAACAAUAACAAAACUACGUCAGUUGUUGUUGCUGAUGCUGCUGCUGCCACACUUAGUCCAUCCAGUGGUGCCGCAAGUAAUCGUCAAUCAGCCAGCGCCAAGCCAUCACCAAAAAUUACUCUGAUAACAAAUGAGAAAACGAAUAAAGAUGACGCGGAAAUUCGAGGGAAAAACGUAAUUUCAAUUGCGGACGAGAAUAAAACAGCCGAAAACAAAGAAAACCUCCAAGACUGGGCAGCUUCCAAUGAAAGGAAGCCUAAAGUCGCCGAUUCUUCUUUAAGGAGACGAAAACCGGCCGCCGGAUCGCGAGCCGCAGAUGCAGAAUCUUUUGAAACAACCGACAGCGCCCGAAAUUUUUACAGCCUCGGCCGCAAGAAACCGGAAGCUGAUCAGACGCCGUCUGGCAGUCUUGGGCGAAAACAAAAUACGAAAUCUGAAAAAUCCGCAUCCGACAAUUCUGAAAAACCCGUGAAUGAUAUGGGAAAAUCGAAGGAAAUCGGGAAGAAGAGGAAAGCCGAUGAUGAAGGCGCUGAAGACGCCGCUGACAUGGAAGUGGUCACCGCAGGGCAACUCGAGAGCGUCACGAAACACCGCGUUAAAGGACCAGCUGGUCGCCGCAUGCCGCAGCACCGUAGAACUCUGCUCAUGAAGCACCGCGCCAGUUCCCUCUCAGCCCUCGCCUUGCCCCCUGACGCGUCAGGGCGCGAUGACCCCUCGAAUAGUUUCGUGCCGUGGUUGAACCGAUCUUUGGACCUGCUUGGUGACGACGACUUAGCGCAUCCAUCACGCAACUCCCAGCCAGCCAUGGGCUACCGCUACUCCGAGCCUGAAGACUACGAUGAAAUGGCCCUCAUGUACGACCCGCAGUCAGUAGCUUUUGGGAAUAACAUUUCUUUCGACGACAACAGCAUGGGAAUUUAUAUUGAUGACGGAUUCUCGAACCAAAACCUAAGCACUGGUGGUAUCCCGCCACCACUUCCACCUAGAAUGGAAUCCCGCAUGGAGUUUGUACCAGGAACUACACAGAAUCCAUUUCAAAUGCAUCAACGAAACCAACUACAGCAGCAUCUCCAGCAGAUGCAUUACCAAACAUCCCUAAUGCAGAAUCAAAACCAGAUAAGCUCACCUUUUGGCACAACACAAGAAGAAAAAACGAUGAAUCGCAAGUCGCAACCGGACAUGGAACUGUUCGUGUCUUCGUACAGCGAGGAUAACAGCUGUGAAGGUCCUCAACCGCAUGCUGAGGCUGGACCAAUGCCCCGCCGUCUCCCACAUCAGCAGGGGACAAAGUCUGGGCCCAACCAACAGCGCCAGAGGAAGGGGUUGUCACAACCUGACAUGGCCAGGUUCACGGAAGCUGUACGUAACCUGCAGAAACAUGUUGUUGAAUUAGAUCAAGCCGUUAAUGAGAUUACAAAGGAAGUUGAAGACUCGAAAUCAGACCUAAGUAUUGUUAAGAUGAGCUUAGUGAGCGUCAAGAAAGACAAGGAAAAACUGCACGACGCUAUUUCCAUCGUAUCCCAAGAAGCUGCAAAAAUGAAGGAGCAAGUUUCUUCCUCGUUGAAGGAGGCGGAAAGGCUGCAAAAAACGGCAACCGCUGCUUUAUUGAUUGCAGAAAAAGCAAAAACCGAUCAGCAAAAUUUGAAAAAAGAAUACGAGAAUUUACUACGUCACAUGAAAAGCACUAUAACAGCCCUCAAAAAAGAGGCAUUAAAAGCUUCUAUUUCGGCGCCAUCAACUCUGAUCUAUCAGAAACUGCAUGGCGACUCCUCGGAUCGAGACGACGAAGAAGAAGGUUGUGAUAACGAUAACGAAUCUGUAGAAGAAGAAAACGACGGAGACGAUGACAAGAAAAGGAAGUCCAAAGAAAACACCGGGAAGAAGCAAGGAUUCUUCAGUCGUCCAUCCAGCAUCAUCUCGGGUUUGACGGGACGAUCUUCCUUGACCAAAUCGACUCCGAGUCUCGAUGCUCCCGAAAAAGAUAAAAAUAAGGAUAGUGCCAACAGUCCUAACAAAAACAGAGAAAAACGCGAUAAAGACAAAUCUCUCAAAGCGGAGACUAGGCUUAUCGAAAAAAAUGCAAAAAAAGACAACUUUAAGACAACGAAAGGGCCACUUGAGAGAGGUCAGAAAUUGGCACGACAUAUGAGCGAUGACUUCCCAAUGAUUGAUGGAACGACCAGUCCUCUGACCAUCUCACCUGCGCCAUCAAAAAAAGAUUUGUCAAGCAUGAUGGGACCUCAGGAUCAUAACUUGGCAGAACCAAUUUCAUCUCCAGCAGGGGCAAGUCGCCCAAGAAAACUCAACCUCAAACCACAGAAAUCUGGAAACUCUGGAGCUUCAUCGCCUGACUCGCCUACUCGGACCACUAGUCCGUUUGACGUCCCGAAAAUGACGUUGAAUGGCCGAGCUGCAUCGCCUACGGGUUUUGCUAUCCACCGUCCUGGAUCAACACCGGGUUCCCUGUCUCGUCAAGGUUCGAUGACAACGGUUCCUGAAGAUCGUGCUAUCGAUACCAGGGCGUACGACAACCGUCCCUCUGAUCCACCUCCACCGCCCCCAACGAACAGAGUUUUCGCCAUUUCAAGGCAAAGCUCAUCGCCCAACAUCGCCACCCAAAAGUCGAAUACCUCGAUUUUAACGAAGCAGCGAUCCCUCGGAGUCCUGCUAGAAGAAGCAAAGAGUCCAAUCUCCCGUCAGUCUUCCACGGUUUCAAUGAUUGAUGAUCGUCCUAUCGUGGACCAAACUUUACCCAUGUCACCAGCUGCUUCGUUGCUGAGUUUCCAAGGAUCUUGGAGUACCACAUCGCUCAACAGACCUGAUUCUGCUAUAGGUUUCAACGAAUCUGAUGAAUUCCCACGAAGCGUCACAUCGCCAAAGCUGAGACCUCGAGGUCCAUUGGAGCAAGUCGCCGGCACGGUGCUUGCAGGGUCGAAUCUACAAGCUUCUGCUGUUCACCCACUGGACGAAAGUGGGAUAGAGCCUCCUUUGGCUACGUCCAGUCUCAAGAAAAGGAAAAAAGUGAAAACGGAUCCCGUUUUGGCGUAAAUCAAGACUCAGAUGGGACGCGUCAAUAUUAAUUAAAAAUACUUUGCAACGUUCGAUCGCGUGUUCUCGAUAAGUGUCUCCGACAAAGCUGGUUAGCCGCGAAGAGUAUCUUCAUUCAACUCCUAGCUUACAGAGGCCUUAUCAGAUAAAUCGAAGUAAACAGCAAUGGAAUGACAUUGCAACAGCAUUUCAUUAUUCUUGUUAAACAGAUUUCAUGAGAGACCUCAACGUAUGUAAAUUUAAGACUAAACUUUGUACUCAAAGAUUGGAGCAAAAAGUGGAGGUUCGAAACAACUAAUGGUUGUGAAAAAUCUGGUGGAAACCGGAUAGGUAGUCGCGCAGUUAAGAAUCAGCGACAGCCAAUAACCAACUCUGACACCCAUUUAUUUCAUUUUUGUUCAUUUAAUCAAAUCAUUGUUACACAUUGAUUUUGCUUCUUAUAAAAUCCAGCAUCGCUAACGACAAUCCUACGCUAAUUUUUGAAACAUUUUCUAUAGAAUUUUCAUUGCUACGACUUUUUGCUUUACUUAGCUGAUAACCGACGAUUUGAUGACCUAGGUUCACCAAUUUUAAUUAUAAACAACAUGUUUCGUACCUCAGGAAACAACCUCUUAAUUUUGUCAACCUCUUCCUUUAUCUUACUAUAAAAAUAUUUUCUUUGAAUCAAAUCAGUAACUAAGAAAUUUACGAAAUUUCUAGAAUUUUGUAAUGUAGGUUGUAAAACUGAGCAACAGGCCGAGCAACUGCAACCAUUGAACCGCCAAGGCUUGUAUUCGAAAAUAUUUCAGUCAGCUUUCAAAUUUAUAAUAUUAAUUUUAGAAUAAUUAUUAAUACAGAACACGUUUAGUAACUAUUCAUUUGGAUGAUGUUCACGACGUGAUAUAGCAUGUUUAUUUAACUUGCAGCUAAAUAAAUACGACUUUAUUCUGGCUAAUAUCAGUCAUUUAAAUUCUCGACGGCUAUUAAACAUCUACAUAAGAAGAUGCUUGCUUAACUCGCAGGUCUCUUAUUUUGUACAAGUUUAUGCUCAUAUCUUUCUCCGAUGUCAUUUUACGAAAUGACAGUAAAGUUUAUCUUGUUUUGGGUCUUCCAGAAUAUUAGGCUACGAUCAAACGGUAAUAAUGUUCAGCUAAGAUGAUAAAACAUAUCUUAAAAGGUUAGAAAGAGCUUCAGUCGAAAUUAUAAACAUAUCAGUAAACGAUUGGAAAGGUUUUCGUGUAAAAGCCACCAAGGCGGAGCAGUUGGUAGGCCUUGUUGUAAGUCUUUUUGAAACUUUAUAAAACAAAAUUCAAUUAGGAUUUAGAAUUCAAAAUGUAUAAUUCUAGAUAGUCUACCUGAAAAAAAUCCCUGAUCAUUCACAAACCCAUUUUUUCUCGAUAUUCAUAAAUUUUUAGUUUACAUCCAGAUAGAAACUUAGAAAGAGUAACAUAUUAACGUUUCGAUUUUUUACUAACCCAAGUUUUGGAUCUUACACAACGAACGAAAGUCUUUAUCGAAGUAGUUCCCUCCUUUUUAGUUUUGUUGCUACACAACGAAUAAAAUUGCAUCGACUA